AUGGCAUCUUCUUCCAAUUCUUCCAAUUAUCAUUACCACCACAAAGAUGAUGAAUCAAUUUUCGAUUCUAUGUUUGAAGAUUUCUUAGAACUUCCAGAAAUCAUUCCAGAACCGAAAGAGCGAAAAAAACGUAUCUUUAUUGAGAGAAACCGAGAAGAAGGUCACAAUAAUCUUUGGAAUGAUUAUUUUAGCGAGACUCCCACUUACCCGCACCACAUGUUCCGGAGGCGGUUUCGAAUGAACCAGACAUUGUUCUUGCGAAUAGUUCAUAGUCUCUCCCAAGAAUUUGAGUACUUUCAACAAACACAAGAUGCUGCUGGACGGUCUAGCCUAUCUCCACUUCAAAAGUGUACCGCAGCUAUUCGUCAAAUGGCGUAUGGUGUUGGGGCUGACAUCGUUGACGAAUAUGUCAGACUAGCUGAAACAACUGCAAGAAAUUGUUUGUUCCAAUUUACCGCCGGAAUUAUCCACUUGUUUGGCGGUCAAUACCUAAGAGAUCCUACGCCCGAGGAUCUGGAAAAAUUACUAUAUAUUGGAGAACAACGUGGUUUUCCAGGUAUGAUUGGAAGCAUCGACUGUAUGCAUUGGGAGUGGAAGAAUUGUCCGGCCGCUUGGAAAGGAAUGUAUUCACGAGGACACGAAAAACCAACAAUUGUGUUGGAGGCGGUAGCUUCUCAAGACCUCUGGAUAUGGCACGCUUUUUUUGGAGCUCCAGGUACUUUGAACGAUCUUAAUAUUCUUGAUCGAUCACCUGUUUUUGAUGAAAUAAUUAACGGAAACGCUCCCGAAGUCAAUUUCCAUGUCAACGGAAGGGAAUACGGUUUGGCUUACUAUCUUGCCGAUGGUAUUUAUCCGAAAUGGGCUACUUUUAUUCAAUCUAUCCGACUCCCACAAGGACAAAAACAGUCUUUAUUUGCCACAACGCAAGAAUCCGUGCGAAAGGAUGUUGAGCGUGCCUUCGGAGUCCUCCAAGCUAGAUUUGCGAUUAUGAACGAGGUUCCUACCUUCACGCUACAGAAUUUCAACAACAAGAAGAUGUCGAUCCCACUUUUGUAG